CGCCCCGGACCCGUUAGAGCUGGUUAUACCUACCUGCCUACGAUGCAUCACCUGUGGGAUCGACCCGCACGGAGACCACCUGUUUCCCAGUUCUGCUGAGCUACCUGAUACGAAGCCCGUUCCAAGAGACUUUAACCCUCUCCCCAAGACAUCAUCGGUUGUAGGCGCGGACACGAAGCGAAAAUCAUCAAUGGCCGUGCAGUUUUCCAAGGACUCCCUCCGCGCCCAGUUCGUGGGCAAGAGCCUCUAUGAGGUUCCCACCCCGGCUGCCGUCUUGGAUCUGGCCAAGGUCGAGGAGAAUUGCAACAUGAUGAUCGAAGCUGCACGGCGACUGCAGCUGAGCUGGAGAGCUCAUGUCAAAACUCACAAGACCGAAGAGCUGACGAGAUUGCAAGUCAGAGACGCGAGUCCGUCGCCGGUCAAUCUCAUAGUCUCCACUAUCGUCGAAGCCGAGAAGGUUGUCCCCUUACUGAAGGAGUAUCAGGAGAAAGGCCGGCAGGUGAACGUUCUGUAUUCCUUUCCCCUCUAUGGAUCCUGCGUCGACCGGCUGGGCCACGUCUCCGCCAAGCUCGGGCCCGACGCGCUUGUCGUCAUGGUCGACCACGCCGAACAGGUGCCCCACCUCGCGUCCCUAGCCGCCAAGUCGGGGGGCCACGUCCCUCUCGUCUUCCUCAAGGUCGACGUUGGGUCACACCGCGCGGGAGUCAUCCCGGGUACGUCUGACUGCGACUCCGCGAUCGACGCAUUGUUGCGCGCCGAGGCCGCCGGAUCGUGCCGUCUGCUGGGCUUGUACAGCCAUGCCGGCCACUCGUACGCCACGCGCCGCGACUGGGAGGCGAUGGGGAUUCUGAACGCCGAGUUCGAAACCCUGAGGAAGGUCGCCGUCUUGGUCCGGGACAAGCGGACUGGCAACCAUCCGCCGCUCGUGCUGUCCGUCGGGGCCACCCCGACCGUGACCACCAUCCAACAUCCCGACCUAGCCAAGACGGCUGACACCGAAACCCGCCGCAAUGGCGACGACGCCACCACCGCUGCCACUGAGAGCGGUGGCAAGACCAGCGGUGCUGACGGAACCGACGGCUCGGUUUUGUUAACGGUAGUGCCGACGGCGCACCUCAAGUCCCUCAUACAAUCGCUCAAGGCCGAAGGCUUCGUGCUCGAAGUCCACGCCGGCGUGUACCCGACGCUAGACGUGCAGCAGCUGGCGGCGCACGCCCGCGACUACGCGCACCUCAACAGCUCCAUGAUCGGGAUCACAGUGCUGGCGGACGUGGCGUCGGUGUACCGCGGCCGCGGGGGCGACGGCGGCGCCGACGAGGCCCUCGUCAACGCCGGGUGCAUCGCGCUCGGCCGCGAGCCGUGCCAGGACAUGGGCGAGGUCAAGGGCCAGGACUACGGCGGGUGGGGGAUCGUCGCGCCGUGGGGUGACGAGGCGCUGGCGCUCGCACACGCCGCCGCCCCGUCCCCGCUGCUGCCCGGCCCCCGCUUCCCCGCCGCCCACGGCGGCUGGCAGGUCGCGCGCCUCAGCCAGGAGCACGGCAUCCUGCGCUGGCAGGGGCGCCGCGCCGACGCCGUGCCCCUGCGCGUCGGCCAGCGCGUGCGCAUCUGGCCCAACCACGCGUGCAUCGCGGGCGCCGCCUUCCCGUAUUACCUCGUCGUCGACAGCCGCCGGGGCGCCGGCCGAGAGGACGAGAUCGUGGACGUCUGGGUGCGCUGGAACGGGUGGUGAGCGGAGGGCAGGCGUGUGCGGCGUUUGCGUGCAGCGGGCGAGGUAGCGAAGCGGGAUCGGCUAAGCGGGCUAUCCUAUCUAUCUAGCUAGAUGGGUGUUGUACCGGCCGAGAUGGGGGGCAUUACCAUUCUUAGAUGCUCAUUCAU